UUCACUGAGGGUUGAGUCUCCAGUCUCAGGGCUCCUUGGUUCCUCUGUGUCUCUGCACUGUACUGUCAGCAACAACAUGGAUGUUCGACCUCUGGAAGUGCGCUGGUACCGUCCCAAUAUGUAUGACACGCCAAUACUCCUCUAUGAAAAUAAACAGAUCCAGAAGAGUCCUGUAGAUGUUCAGUACCAGGGCAGAGUGUUCCUGUUAGGAGAUCUGGAGAAAGGAGACGUCUCUGUGAAACUGGAGAACCUGACACUAGCAGAUAGAGGAGACUACACAUGUCAUGUGAGCACUGAUAUGUGGUAUGACAAGGCCACAGUGACCCUCAGACUGAGAGUGGUGGGAUCCACUCCUGUUCUCUCCAUACAUGAACCGUCAAUCACCUGGACAGAUAAAGAUGGGAGAGAUCUGAAACAUCUCAGUAACGACAAGUUCACCAUCAACUCUGUAGGGACUGUAGAUGUGAGCUCGUGGCUGAUUGUGUCUCCCUCUGAGUCUGAGUGGAUCUCCUGCUCUGUGGGUUUGUCUGAUCAGGAGAGAAAAGAAGACAGAAUAAUGUUACACGUCCCUGCACGUGACACAGAGUCGUUGACUGGAUACAUCAUCAUCAUCAUUCCCGUUCUUCUGGUGCUGUGUGUCGUCGGAAUUGCAGUGUAUUGUGUGCUACGUAAAAAAGGUGGGAUACAAACAUUGACUUAA